UCAUCGAGCAUCACUUUCCAUCAUCAUCAUCCACCUCGGUCGAACCAAAAAAAAAAAAAACCAACCAACCAACCAACUAACAACCAAACCCAAAAACCCAAAAACCCAAAAAGAGGAAACUAACAACAACAACGACCAAAAAUGGAACAGCAACAAGAACAACAGCAACAGCCCAUCCAGAUCUCAGCUGGCCAACUGCAAUCUGAACUAGAAUCUAUUAGAUCCCUACGUCGAAUCUCACUCUCUCAAUCCUCUAACGAAUUAGAUCCAGAUCUACCCUCAAGCUUACAGAUUGACUCAAACACCAUGAACAACCCAACAACAACAACAACCAGCUCAACUCAACAAGAACAACACCAGCAGCAGCCCUCAACCAGCUCAAGCAAUACCAACCACAACCCAGUCGAAUCAGAUGAACCCAAUCCAAAUCUAUUUUGGUUACCCGCUAGGCUACACCCGGAGAUUGCUCCACAAGAGUUCAAGGCGUUCAUCGAAGAAGCAACCAAACCAGAGAACCUACUCAGACGGACCUCAUCAGCACUAGGCUCGAGGAGAAACUCUGGUGACCAUCUCCAGCCGAGCGGACUGUCGAGGAAGAAGAGCAUGCUCAGUCAAAUCUAUGACCCAACCAAUGACCCACUCCCUUCAUCAUCCCAACAUCACCAUCGUCCAGAGAAGGCUAUCACCAGAGGAUACUCCAUGAGCAGUCCUCGUAACCUCGGUAGGGGAGCACAAGGACUCGAGAGCCUCACCAUCAAUGACCUCCAACUUCUCGAAUCACUCGUCCUCAAGAAAUCCUCUUCACCCUCCAACGACCCUUCUCUUGAUUCCCAGUUCCAUCAUCUCAACCUCAACGAUGAUCGGAUCAGGGCUGUUAUCUCUCGUAGCAUGACCAUCGGUGGUUCGACCUCCUCACCCAGUGAUCCCGAAUUCAAUUCAGAACAAUUAGAUCCUGAAGCAAUAGAUGAUUCACCAUUAAUCUCACGAGCACCAGGCCACAUCAUCCGCAGAACAGCGCGGACGAAAGUUAGGAAGACCUCCUUGGCUGGGGAUGGGAACGGACAUCGAUUCCCAGCCACUCGGCGGUCCCAAGCUAAGAGCCCGAUGGUUAACAGUCACCACCCACGAACAGCUUCGACGACCUCUAAUGACUCUGAAGAGACUGUCUCUAACGAUCUACACUCGAACCGUAGUAGCAAGGAAUUCGCUAACAAGUCGAUCUCUCACUCAUCCGGUCCCUCCGAUGAUCUCACCCUGACAAUCGAUCCACAUCCUCUCACACUUGUCCCUACUACUGGUGCCAAACCAUCAACCCCCUUGGAUCUCCCGUCAGAAGAUGAUCAGAGUGUAGAAUCCAACUCCCGACCGGAUUCCUUGACUUCAAACAACAGUUUCUUUGAUGCUUAUGUCUACGAAGGUCCUACAUCGGAUGAUCAUCCGGCCCCAGGUGUUGAUUCCAGUGGUAUCGAUUUUAGUAACCUCGCCGCCUCACCCUCGACACUUGACUUUACCGUCCCACAUCCCACCAAAUAUGGUAUCCAGGCAACCGAUCAUUCUCAACCCAACAUGCCCAUCCAAACAUCCAACUCUUCAUCGGAUCCUCAGUUUGUAUCCCCUCCUGGCUCUUCCAAACCCGAUAGCUUGAAAGUUUUAACCGACCUGGCUGCUCCUGCACCUUAUCGGACUACUCGAAGCUCUGAUGAUCUACCUUCAACAUCUGCAUCCCCAAGCCCUGCUAUCUCCAGUAGCACGACUACUACGCUUUCAACUGCCAAGUCUACUCCCUCUUCUAGCACGCUCUCCUCUGGCUCGCCAUCAACACCCGUUGGCCCUCAACCAUCUCGACCACCCCUGACGACCACCCAGACUAGUCCGAAUCUCUCAAGCCCAGCACCAAGUGUAAUCCCGGUACCUGUAGCCCCAUCAUCGGCGAGCUCCAAGGAAGGUAAGGAGAAGAAGCGUGCAUGGGUCAAACUAGGUCUUUCAUCGGCGGUCUCGACAAGCUCGAAGAGCAAGAAAGGGAAAGGCAAGGACAAACAGAAGGCCUCCGAGGCUGAGGGUGCGACCCCCGGGCCAUCGAAUAGUGUCAGCGCAGCCAGCUCGGGAGGAAGUAACAGUAACGGAACGACGACGGGCGGAGGUGCGGUGAAGAAAGAGAGUGGAUUUCUGAGCGGACUUUUUGGAGGAAAAUCACGGAAGAAUGACUCUGAACAGUCGGACAAGCAAAGCUCGUCUACCGGCGGUGCAACAGCCCCGGUGGGGAGCUCGACUAAGACACCGAUUCCUGGACCGGUAGGACUCGGGCCGGCGUCGGGUGACUCGCAGGCCCAGCAACAGCUCAUCAAUCCGACCGCCUCCGGCGGAUACAUCAAGGGCAGAUUCAUGAGCUUCUAUCGCCUUCCUAUCCACGUCGAACGUGCUGUCUAUCGUCUCAGUCACAUCAAACUCGCCAACCCUCGCAGACCGCUCUACGAACAGGUCUUGAUCUCCAACCUGAUGUUCUGGUAUUUAGGUGUCAUCAAUAAAUCUCAACCGGCUCCCCUCGUCAAUCCAAACCAUCUCCCUCAACCGGCUCCCAAUUCUUCUCCCUCUCCUUCCUCCUCUUCUCCCCCCUCCUCCAUGGCCAACCCAUCACCAUCUCAAUCAUCGAUAAAUAGUAAGAACAAGAAACAGGGCAACGGACGCAAGGCGAAAGCCAAUAUCAAUAACAACAAUCCCCAUACCCCUAAUCUUAAUCAACAGAACCAACGCAAUCCGGGGGCCAAGAGUUGGGGGAACCAGAAGAAGGUGGAGAAUGAACGGAAGAACGGGAGACGGGAUGGGGUGAUCCUAGCAGGGAGUGGUGGCCGGAAGAAGGUUCGACCGGGAAGGUCGGACGGAAGGAGUUCGGAGAGCGGCUCUGAGCACGAGGAGCGGCCUUCGAAGACCCAUCCUCCUCCCGCUCAUCAGAAUCGCUUCUCUUCCUCUUCCUCCUCCUCCUCGGAUGAAGAUGACGAUGAAGAUCAUCUUUCUAGCUCCGACGAGCUCGUCGAUGCUCGCCCAGUCAAUCAUCAUGUUGACGCUGACGCAGACGCCGAUGACGACGACGACGAUGAUGAAAAACCUCUCGGAAAUCGAAUCAGAGCUUUAAAUAAUCUUCCACGUCUUGUCAAUAAUUCUAAUCCUCCUUCUUCUUCUCCUUCUCCUCCUGCAAAUCUUGUUCUUCAGAAUCCUUCUAAUACUACUACUACUACUUCUAAUAUUGGCAUUCAUAAAUAAUCUUCAUCAUCAUUCUCUUGUUCUUUUUUUCUUUCUUUCUUAUUCUCCUGGAAAAUAGAAACUUCUUCAAAAAAAAUCCUUCUUCUUCUUCCUCAU